AUGGAUAGUCAAAUUAAGCAUGCUGUUGUGGUGAAAAUUAUGGGAAGGACUGGAUUCUUUGUAUUUUGUCUAUUUGUAAUGGAUAGUCAAAUUAAGCAUGCUGUUGUGGUGAAAAUUAUGGGAAGGACUGGAUCUCGAGGACAGGUCACUCAGGUUAGAGUUAAGUUUAUUGAUGACCAGAACCGUUUCAUCAUGAGGAAUGUCAAGGGACCAGUCAGAGAAGGUGACAUUCUUACCUUGCUUGAGUCUGAGAGAGAAGCUAGGAGACUCCGUUGA